UGCGGUUGUGUAACCGACAGCCCGGCGGGACGGAGCGCGGAGCGGGGCCGCUCUGCCCCCUGGCGGUGCACGGAGCAGCGCCGUGUCUGUCCGUAGGGAUGGGUUUAUCCAUAGGGAUGGCCGGGAGCUGCCGCGCUGUGCGAGGGGCUGUGAGGCCGAACGGGAGCACGGCGAUGGAACGGCAACGAGCGGGAGCUGCACACGGGGCGGUAACGGGACGGUAACGGGACGGCCCGGCACAAAAUGGCGGCGGCGGAGAUGGGGGCGGCGGGACCCGGCGGAGCGGCCGGGAGCCGCGGUAACGACGAGACCCCGUGACGGGAACCGCGGGCGGAGCCGCGCGGCCGGGGGAGGCGAUGAGCGGCGGAACGAGCGAGCUGCAGGAGCUGCAGGAGCUGCAGGAGCGGCUGAGGGAGGCGGCGGCGCUCGGGGACGAGGAGGAGGUGCGGCGGCUGCUGGAGGCGGGGGCGGACGUCAACUCCCGUAACGAGAUCGACGGCUGGACCUGCCUGCACUGGGCCUGCAAGCGGAGCCACGCGCCCGUGGUGGCGCUGCUGCUGGACGCGGGCGCGGAUCGGAGCAUCAGGACGGGAGCGGGGCAGCUGGCCGAGCAGCUGACGGGCAGGGAGAACAUCCGCAGGAUCCUGGCAGUCACAGAAGAGGAGGACUGUCAGGCAGUGAGCGAUGUGACCCCACCAGCUGCUGCCAGCUCUGUGUCCGCCCCACCAUCCCCACACAGCUGUACAGAUGGAAGCCCUGCUCACAGCUCAGCAGAAUCUCUGGAUGAAAGCGCUCCCAUCUCUCCAGCUUCCCAUGGUGAAAUCAGUCCUCGUUCUCCAGCAGCUCAUGUUGAAGCUGUGUGCACGCCCACACCGUGCUGCACUGAGGACGGCCUUCCUGCUCCAGAUGCUGCAGCACAGCUGCCCAUCACAUCGGCUGCACCAUCAGCCUCAGAGCGCUCAGAGCUGGGGGUGCAGAGCAGCUCCUGGCAGCCCCCCGCACACAGCCCUGCUCUGUGUGUCUCAGCACCCCCCAGCCAGGCCAUGCCACUGAGCAGCUGCCCAGCGCCUGGGGCUGCGCCUGCAUUUCAGCCCUUCUUCCUUACUGGACCUUUCCCUUAUCACAUGCAAGCAGAACUUGUGCUUAAGGUGAGAGUGCAGAACCUCAGAGACGACGACUUCAUUGAGAUUGAACUGGACAGACAGGAGCUGACGUACCAAGAUCUGCUCAGAGUGAGCUGCUGUGAGCUGGGCGUUAAUCCCCAACACGUAGAGAGGAUCAGGAAGCUACCAAACACGGUGCUGAGAAAGGACAAGGACGUUGCCCGGCUGCGGGACUUCCAAGAGCUGGAGUUGGUUCUUGUGAAAAGCGACAGCUCUCCCUUCAGAAAUGCUGCAUCAGCUUUGACUGACAGACCGUGCUACAACAGCAGAGCCUCCAAGCUGACCUACUGAGUGCCAGCUGCACCCUGAGCCUGGGACCACAGCGGAUACACUGCUGCCUUCUAGAGGCAGUGAAUGAGCAUCUGUGAGACCUUAAGUUAUUGUUAGGGCUAAUAUUUUAACUAAUAGUUUAUCUUUGGUAUUUAUUAUUCCCCUUUGCUUUUAUUUUUUUACUUGAUCCUCUAUUCAGAUAAUUCAGGGUACCUCAUUUGUUCACCAAGAUCUCAUGCUUCCAGUGCAGUUCAUUUUUAAAAUCAUAUGUAGCAACUGAGGGCAGCAAAGAAAUGAUGCAGAGUAUUCCCAGUCCUUGAACCAAGCAGGAGUCAUGGCAAUGACAAUCAGGAGGCAGCAGUGUAUGCAGUGAAGCCUUUCCUUGCCCCUGUCUGCUGUGAUCCAGGCCCUGCUGCCUUCAGCCUGUGCCCAUGUUGGCUCCCAGCAGCACUCUGCAGUGCAGUGCUGUGUCCUUGGAGGGUCACCCCAUGGGGGCAGAUGGUAAAAGCACAUUUCAGAGAAAAGCACUGAAGAGCCACCUGAGGCUCUUGUGUUCAGGCUUUCCAUUAAGUCACUUGGGCUUAAAACUCCUGCUUAGUGGACCCAAUCAAUUACCAUCUUUCCCCCCCUGCUCCCUAUCGCUACCAAUGCACUGAAUAUUCCUUUACCCAGGACCUAAAGCCCAGACCCAAUUCCCGGUAAGCUACAGACACACUAUGAAAUAGGAAUUCCUAACCUGGGCUCCCACUUUGUUCUUAGGGUAGGACAGGAAAGGCGUUAUUACCAUAGUGAUUACAUGUUUACCUCUUUGAGACAGCUUGCAGACUAGCUCAGCUGGUGUGCAAUAACUGCUCCAAACCUGCACUAUGUGUAUUUAUCUUCCCUCAGCUCCCAUAUUUAGGAUGUCACUGUGAUGACUGCCUCUGCUCAUUACUGGACAUUUAGCUGUAGGAGCAGCUGGUCUUAAAAAAGCUUUCUUUGCUCUGGUUUCCACAAUAACUGUUAAAACUCUAAUCGACAUCUGACUGUAACAAGAAGUCUAUGCAUUCAGAGAAAUAUUUUUCUAUGUUUGAUGCAGUUUGAUGAGCCCAGAGGCGCACUACGGCAGGGUUAUUUUGUUCUGCUUUCUUUGAACAAUAAACUUGUUAGUAACAACUGAAACAAACCACAGAAGUUACUAUUCUUCUUCCCAAUGACCCUUGUUGGUGCUACAAACUCACACCGAACUGAGCUCCGUGGAGCUGGGCUGCUUCCCUGGGGGAGGGCACAAUCAAUUUGUUGUUUCAUCCCCAUUUCAAGAAGAACAACAAAAAGAAAAUCCCAUAGCAGUGUGUUUUUACAACAAGAAACACAAGGUGUGUCAGGUGCUAAACCACAGAACAACCCAACAUCCAAAUUACGGGACUAAGCUUGAAGACACGAGCAGAUUUAUUAGGAAAGAGAAACUUAUUUAAUACUAAACGUUAAUGACAGAGACCAUCAAAUUUGUAACAGAAAUUCAAAGAUAUUUUAUUUCCAUUUCUCAUAUAUCAAGAAGCUAGGAAUACCUUAGUUGUAAAAAUGGGAUUGGUUUUAGUUCGAUCCACACAAAUACUAAACAUUUAUUUUUGUGUUUUAAAGUCCAAGAAUGAAAACUUGCAAUUAAACACUGAGCAAGCCAUGUGUUCAGGUUAUGGUGGUUUCUUAUCUUAAAAAGUCUUAAAGAAAAAAAAAAAAAAAAAAAA